AUGGCGGGCCCGAAUCUGGAGCUGUUCAAGUUCGGCAUGUACCUCUUCUUCCCACUCGCCGUCAUGGUGCACUAUGGCGAUCCCGAGUGGUACCACCGCAAUGUGCUGCCUAUUCGCGACCAGUUCUGGCCCAAGGAGGAAUCGCUCUAUCGACCGCCCCGCACCUCGGACGAUGUCAGGACCGCGCUCGACGAGAUGAAGCAAAAACGACUCGCGCGGCGCCAAGAGCGUCUCCAACUCGACCAGGCGCAGGCACAAUCAGCCAACACCAACACAGAAGCGACCGAACCCAAGGUUAUCAGCAUGCUCGAAGAUGCCGCCCGCACAAAUCAGCGUCUGGUAUAG